AUGCAGUUAUUAUCUAUCUAUAAAAUACAAGCAGGCGAAGAUUUUUCAUCCUUUAAUAUCUAUCUAUAUCAGUCUGUUCAUUAUCUAUCUAUCUAUCUAUCUAUCUAUCUAUCUAUCUAUCUAUCUAUCUAUCUAUCUCGGUCUUCUCUGUUUUUGUCUCUAUGUCUGUGUCUCUGUUGUCUCUAUCUCUGUCUAUCUGUUUGGGCCUUGCUUUCUCUGUCUGUCUCUCUGUCUCUAUCUUUGUCUAUCUAUCUAUCUAUCUAUCUAUCUAUCUAUCUAUCUAUCUAUCUAUCUAUCUAUCAAUCUAUCUAUCUAUUAAUCAAUCAAUCAAUCUAUCUAUCCAUCAAUCAAUCUAUCUAUCUAUCUAUCUAUCUAACCAUCAAUCUAUCUAUCCAUCAAUCUAUCUAUCUAUCUAUUAAUCAAUCAAUCAAUCUAUCUAUCUAUCUAUCUAUCUAA